AUGAGUGGAAGAACAAAGGCAAGAAGGGCUGCCAGGUUUUUCAGAGGUGGCACUGAAGAAGCUAGCAGUAGUGCUACCGGUAAUGUUUUGCCAUCAGAGCAUGAAAACCCUGACCCAAACAGGAGAACUCGAUCACGAAAGACUGUCCUAAGUAUGAUACUUGCAUUGACUUUCCUUGUCGUAGGACUUCGAAGUCAUCAGUGGCUUAAAGAAAUAGAGUUGCCUCAAAAAUCCAGACAAGUAUAUGCUAUACUUGCAGAAUAUGGUUCAAGGAUUUAUAAUUAUCAGGCCAGACUUCGUAUGCCGAAGGAACAACUGGAACUAUUGAAGAAAGAAAGCCAGACUUUGGAAAGCAAUUUUCGAGACAUUCUAUUUUUAAUUGAGCAAAUAGAUGUUCUGAAGGCACUGCUCAGAGAUGUGAAGGACGGUGCGUACAAUCAGAGCUGGAGCGCCCACGGAGACCCUGCCGGGCCUCAGGACGCCACGGAGGAAAUGACAAACUUGGUCAAUUACGUGCUUAAGAAGUUGAGAGAGGACCAAGUCCAGAUGGCUGAUUAUGCCCUGAAGUCGGCUGGAGCCUCCAUCAUUGAAGCUGGGACUUCAGAAAGUUAUAAAAAUCAUAAGGCAAAACUGUACUGGCAUGGGAUAGGUUUCCUAAAUUAUGAAAUGCCUCCAGAUAUUAUUCUUCAGCCGGAUGUCUACCCUGGAAAGUGCUGGGCCUUCCCAGGUUCUCAGGGUCAUACCCUAAUCAAGCUUGCCAGGAAGAUUAUACCAACUGCUGUUACCAUGGAGCACAUCUCAGAAAAGGUGUCUCCCUCAGGAAACAUCUCCAGCGCACCCAAGGAAUUUUCUGUCUACGGCAUCAUGAAAAAGUGUGAAGGCGAAGAAACUUUCCUAGGUCAAUUUAUGUAUAACAAAACAGGAACCACUGUUCAAACAUUUAAACUCAAGGUAAUGACAGCCCUGGGAAAUGGCAAGAUAUGA